AUGGCGAUGCAACGCCGUGGUCGUGUCCGCGCGACAACACCGGGUCGUGCUCAGGCAUUCCUUGGAAUGGCAGCAGCUACUCUCUUGCUCGUGGCCAUGGCGAGCGAUGCUUUUGUGACUGUAGUGCCACCAUCUGUGGUGCAGAAGCCAGGGCCAGUAUCGAUUGUGCUCAACCGUGCCUCAAGGUUGCCUCCUACUACUGCUGAGCAGUCCUUUGAUCGUUUGUUUGGUCUUCAUUUCCCUUCUCAACCUAGUGUCAGGGCACCUGCGCAGGAGCAGGCCACAGGUCUACUUCGCACAACGGCCGCAACAGCUUUGUUGUGUCUGGCCGUGACAAGUGCGCGCCGUGGGUCAAAAGCUUCACCCAAAGUUCGCGUACAAGCGGUCAUGUGCAACGACGCGGCCAGAACAGCAGUCGAGGCCAAAGCUCCAGCCCAAGUUACUGAGCAGGUGGCGCUUCUGGAUCUUGAAGUUUGCCAAGAGAACCUCCCAGCAGCCAUUGUAGCCCCCGUUUCCAUGGCUCCGGUGGCAAAGCAACACCAUAAGGCAAGAAUGGUGGGCCAGUCGCGACACAGCAAACACCGCAGUGCUUGGGCUGCCAGGUCAGCGUUCGCAGCAGGUGCGAAAAAGGCUCGUCGAACAGUUGGAAAGAAGCUCCAGGCAACCACGCAGCCUGUUCCAGUUGCACAAGCAUCCUUUGAUCCGAGCACAGUCCGCAACAGCGUGCAGAUCGGCCUUCGCAUUUCCUCCACUCUGCGCUCUGAGAAGGGCCGUGAGUCCAAGUCGCCAUCCUCCCUUGAAGGCUCUGACAUGAGUACAGGUUUACGCAUUCAAGCAAAUGAAUUCAGAGAAUAA